CACCUUCCCUUUCUCCGUCCUCUGCGCCGGCUGGGGCUCGACUGAGCUCCAGAUUUCCCCGCCCGCGGCCGCCGCCUGGGGACGGGAGCCGAGGCGCGGCAGGACACCCGCGGUGGGGGGCGAGGUGGGGAGGUGAAGGCGGUCCGCGCGCGGGGGCGGGAGGAGGCUGGGGGAUUCGGGGGACGCGGCAGCCCCGCCCCCGCCCCCUCCUCUCCUCCGCUCCUAGCCCGAGAAGCUGGCGAGCAUGGACCAGACCCCGCGGCACUGGCACCAUGACGCUCGCCCGCUUCGCGCUGGCCCUGGUGUUCGGGGCGCUCCCCGAAGUGGUCUGCUUUGAGUCUGUCCUCAAUGAUUCCCUCCACCACCGCCACCGCCAUUCGCCCCCUCCGGGUCCGCAGUACCCUCGUUACCUUCCCACGGAGCAGCGGCCCCGGAGGACGCGCCCGCCGCCGCCUCUCCCGCGCUUCCCGCGCCCCCCGCGGGCGCUCCCUGCCCUGCGCCCGCACGCCCUCCAGGCCGGGCACACGCCCGGGCCGCACCCCCGGGGCUGCCCCGCCGGCGAGCCGUGGGUCAGCGUGACGGACUUCGGCGCCCUGUGUCUGCGGUGGGCGGAGGUGCCACCCUCCCUGGAGCGGUCGUCCCCGGCGGGCUGGGCUCAGCUGCGAGGGCAGCGCCACAACUUUUGUCGGAGCCCCGACGGCGCGGGCAGACCCUGGUGCUUCUACGGAGACGCCCGCGGCAAGGUGGACUGGGGCUACUGCGACUGCAGACACGGAUCAGUACGACUUCGUGGAGGCAAAAAUGAGUUUGAAGGCACAGUGGAAGUGUAUGCAAAUGGAGUUUGGGGCACUGUCUGUAGCAGCCACUGGGAUGAUUCUGAUGCAUCAGUCAUUUGUCACCAGCUGCAGCUGGGAGGAAAAGGAAUAGCUAAACAAACCCCGUUUUCUGGACUGGGCCUUAUUCCCAUUUACUGGAGCAAUGUCCGUUGCCGAGGAGAUGAAGAAAAUAUACUGCUUUGUGAAAAAGACAUCUGGCAGGGUGGGGUGUGUCCUCAGAAGAUGGCAGCUGCUGUCAUGUGUAGCUUUUCCCAUGGCCCAGCAUUCCCCAUCAUUCGCCUUGCUGGGGGCAGCAGUGUGCAUGAAGGCCGGGUGGAGCUCUACCAUGCUGGCCAGUGGGGAACCGUCUGUGAUGACCAAUGGGAUGAUGCCGAUGCAGAAGUGAUCUGCAGGCAGCUGGGCCUCAGUGGCAUUGCCAAAGCAUGGCAUCAGGCAUAUUUUGGGGAAGGAUCUGGCCCAGUUAUGUUGGAUGAAGUACGCUGUACUGGGAAUGAGCUUUCAAUUGAGCAAUGUCCGAAGAGUUCCUGGGGAGAGCAUAACUGUGGCCAUAAAGAAGAUGCUGGAGUGUCCUGUACCCCUCUAACAGAUGGGGUCAUCAGACUUGCAGGUGGGAAAGGCAACCAUGAGGGUCUCUUGGAGGUGUAUUACAGCGGCCAGUGGGGGACUGUCUGUGAUGAUGGCUGGACUGAGCUGAAUACAUACGUGGUUUGUCGACAGUUGGGAUUUAAAUAUGGUAAACAAGCGUCUGCCAACCAUUUUGAAGAAAGCACAGGGCCCAUAUGGUUGGAUGAUGUGAGCUGCUCAGGAAAGGAAACCAGAUUUCUUCAGUGUUCCAGGCGACAGUGGGGAAGGCAUGACUGUAGCCACCAGGAGGAUGUUGGCAUUGCCUGCUACCCUGGCAGCGAGGGACACAGGCUUUCUCUGGGUUUUCCUGUCAGACUGAUGGAUGGAGAAAAUAAGAAAGAAGGACGAGUAGAGGUUUUUAUCAAUGGCCAGUGGGGAACAAUCUGUGAUGAUGGAUGGACUGAUAAGGAUGCAGCUGUGAUCUGUCGUCAGCUUGGUUAUAAGGGUCCUGCCAGAGCUAGAACCAUGGCUUAUUUUGGAGAAGGAAAAGGACCCAUCCAUGUGGAUAAUGUGAAGUGCACAGGAAAUGAGAGGUCCUUGGCUGACUGUAUCAAGCAAGCCAUUGGAAGACACAACUGCCGCCACAGUGAAGAUGCGGGAGUUAUUUGUGAUUAUUUUGGCAAGAAGGCCUCAGGUAACAGUAAUAAAGAGUCCCUCUCAUCUGUUUGUGGCUUGAGAUUACUGCACCGUCGGCAGAAGCGGAUCAUUGGUGGGAAAAAUUCUUUAAGGGGUGGUUGGCCUUGGCAGGUUUCCCUCCGGCUGAAGUCACCCCAUAGAGAUGGCAGGCUCCUCUGCGGGGCUACGCUCCUGAGUAGCUGCUGGGUCCUUACAGCAGCGCACUGUUUCAAGAGGUAUGGCAACAGCACUAGGAACUAUGCUGUUCGGGUUGGGGAUUAUCAUACUCUGGUACCAGAGGAGUUUGAGGAAGAAAUUGGAGUUCAAGAGAUUGUGAUUCAUCGGGAAUAUCGACCUGACAGCAGUGAUUAUGACAUAGCCCUGGUUAGAUUACAAGGACCAGAAGAGCAAUGUGCCAGAUUCAACAGCCACGUUUUGCCAGCCUGUUUACCACUCUGGAGAGAGAGGCCACAGAAGACAGCAUCCAAUUGUUACAUAACAGGAUGGGGAGACACAGGACAAGCCUAUUCAAGAACACUACAACAAGCAGCCAUACACUUACUUCCUAAGAGGUUUUGUGAAGAACGUUAUAAGGGUCGGUUUACAGGGAGAAUGCUCUGUGCUGGAAACCUCCAUGAACACAAACACGUGGACAGCUGCCAGGGAGACAGUGGAGGACCGCUCAUGUGUGAACGGCCUGGAGAGAGCUGGGUGGUGUAUGGAGUGACCUCCUGGGGGUAUGGCUGUGGAGUCAAGGAUUCUCCUGGUGUUUAUACCAAAGUCUCAGCCUUUGUACCCUGGAUAAAAAGUGUCACCAAACUGUAAUUCAUGGAAACCUCAAAGAAGCAUUUAAACAGAUGGAAAACUUUGAACCCCCGCCAUUAGCACUCAGCAGAGAUGACAACAAAUGGGGACUGAGAUCCGUGUUUUUGCUUUGUUUUGUGCUGGAAAAAUUGUGUACCUCUUGCUGCUUGUGAGAAUUUGUAUUGUGAAUAUUUUCAGAGACUCAUUGUAGUAGAAUAGUGAUAACCCUUAAAUGAGCAUCGUUGUCUACCCAAAUUUCACUGGAGUGACUUAUUCUAAGUCUCAUCUAUCCGUGCCUGUUUUCUCAAAAUCAUUCUGUGCUCAUUUCACAAAAGGUCAUUUUUACAUUUUGGAAACCAGUAUCCUUAAGUACCAAGAGCUACAAAAACCAUAAAAUAUUUUCUGCCUACAGUGUAUAAACUACUAGCAAAAUUUGAAAGGAUUUCUGGUUAACGAAGUGCCAGCUGGACAUACAGCCUAGUUUAUCCAACACAUUAACGUAUCUACUAUAUUCAUUUUUAUCAAGCACUUCAGAUUUAACUCAGAAUUGGUCUAAGAGUGCCACCUACUGACACUUACUUGUAAGUCACUUGCAGACCAACCUGAUACAAUCCAGUCUUAAAAUACACUAGUCAAAAUGCUUUCCUGGCGUUUACACUGGAAUAGUAGCUUUGAAUUGUUUUAAUGCACAAGCAAUUGUAUGCCAGGCACUAUAUUAGAUGGCUAUGCACAUCACUGACAAUUUGCAAAAGGCCAGUAUGAUCUUAUAGCAGCAGCCCUAGUUUACAAAUAGGGGAAAACAGACUUACCUCAAAGUGAGACCAGUUGGUAAAACAUUGAUUCAUAACUCCAGAAAAAGGAGUCCCAAUGCUGGAUUUUUUUCCCCAUGGCUCUCCCACCUAAGGAUUGUUUCCCUAUGGCUAUUUCCCUAAGGUUUAAGGGAUGGCUGCUUAACCCUUAGAGAAUUAAACUAUGCACUUUUAUAGGACAUUCUCAGCAGUAAUGCUCAUAUUUAAAAGGCACACUCAAGAUACUUCAAUGUCAUGCAUGGAUACUUCCCCAGGUCCCUAGUAUAAAUAUAUAGGUUAGCAUGAACUUUCAGAUGGUUUUAAGUAAUCCUCUUGAAUGCCAGUCACAUAAGGACUUUGCCUUUCUACAUCAAAUUACAUCCUUUUCACAAAUCCCCAUUUCUGUAAUAAGUGGUGCAAACCAAAAGGUGCUUUAUAGUUUUACUACUCUGCAGACCUGCAACGCUGCAUAUAAUGCAGAAGAGCAUUAAAAACUUUUGUAAAAACUUAAGGACUCUGAUAAACUUUUAAAGCAGCAUUUACAUGUAAAUAGAGCUACACAUGGCACACACUUGCACAAGGGCUUGGGAAGAAUGUGCAAUAUAGGUGAGAAAUAAGUCUAUUGAAAUUUUCUCACAGGCUGCCCUUGUAAUUAAACUACAGGUGCUGGUGCAAGCAAUAUCUAUGUUUCAAGUCAAUCAGGGACUAAACCUAAAAGGCAGUAAACAGCCUGCAGUUUACUCAACCCUGAAUACAUGGUUCAUAUAGCAUGCUUUUAUUAUAACCACUGUCUUAAGUGUGACUUUUGAAAGAUACAAGUGUUCUGUGCAUCUUUGUGUAAAUAAAGUACAUAAUUUUUCACCUUGUA